AUGUUUAGAAGUGUCCAGGGUACUCCGUGUAUAGCACUACUGCCAAACCUGCAGCAACCUUACCGAAAGAUUGCAACUCAUGUACUCAAGAAACCAAUACAUGAUCAGAAACACCAAGAGCAUAAAUCUGAUGAGGUCGAAAACAACCACCGAGAGCUCUCACAGAAUGUCCGAAAGCGCAAGACAGUCAGAGAGAAGGUUACAAAAGAAGCGAAGCCCAUACCACCUGUCAGAAUUCAAUCCGUCCGUCUAUCAUCACCUCAUCCCGCCAAUUAUCUACGACCGAAUAAGACAGAAUUGCACUGUUUACCUGUGAAGAUACACAAACUACGAAAUGCAUCUACACAAGGAACACCACCACCUAAGCUUCUAAAGAGCACUGUCAUUCUACCUGCGACCUCCAAGCUGAAGCCAAUCUCUCCUGUUCGUACUGGUGCCCCACCUCAUCGAGUAAUUCGCACUACCAGAGCGACGAUGCUACGACAAGAUCAUCAGUUGCGGACACAGCACAAUAUCUCCAAUCGAGAUCUAUUGCUGAAAGCCGUUGUAUCGCGUCGUGUCCUUAGGGCGCGUGAGAAUAAGACGGCCAUGCUACAAUCUUUUAAUGAUGAGGCAAAUGGUUCAUUGUCAGCGUAUGAUUUGAUUACAAUCCAUGGUAUAUCUGAGACUCAAGCACAAGAUGGAGAAGAACUAGUACUACCGGGAGUCAAAGGGCGGGAACCCUUCCGAUACUAA